CUAGCAGAAUAACAUCGUCAGCGGUCAGCCAUUAUCGUGAGAUGUGAAGUCUUUUUUUCGUGAUUCGUUCAAGACUAAAAAACUUGAAAAAUUGUUAUCGAUUGAAAUUAAAAUAUCGACGCUGAAAUGCAUACGAUCCCAGAAUUAGGUACAAGUGUACCAGCGUUCCUUGCCAAACUUUGGAAACUGGUCGAAGAUCCCGAAACUGACGACCUUAUUUGUUGGUCACCUAUGGCUUUCACAAGAAAGUUUCUGUUGAAUUGGGUGGCCUAAAAUGUGACAGGGAUGAAAUGGAAUUUGCACACCAAUUUUUUUGUAAAGGCCAUCCGUAUCUUGUAGAACAUAUUAAAAGAAAAAUUGCCUCUAGUAAAGGACAAGAUCCAGCACUUACUCCUAUUAAACCAGAAUUAAUGAACAAAAUGCUUACUGAAGUAAGAAGUAUGAGAGGUCGUCAAGAACAUUUAGAUUCAAGACUUGGAGCUAUGAAAAGAGAAAAUGAAGCACUGUGGAGAGAAUUAGCAAUGCUUAGGCAAAAACAUCUCAAGCAACAGCAAAUUGUCAAUAAGCUUAUACACUUUUUAGUGACUCUGGUACAACCUUCUAGAAGUGGUGGUCUCUCUGUUAAAAGGAGAUAUCCGCUAAUGAUCGACGACUCUAACCGUCAACGUAAACAGGCAAAAUUGUCAAAGAAUGUUAGAAGGACAUCCAAAUCCAGCUAUUGAAAGUCCAGAACAUAAUAAUACAUCAAUAAUAGAAGAUAACAAUAUGGAAUCAGUUCAUUUAGUUGAUGAUUCUAUUCAACUACAGGAUGAUAUACAACUUAUUAAUCCACAAGAAAUCGACAUAAAGAAAAAACGUGGGUGUAAGGGUAAAAAAAAAUUAUGGCACAACAACAAUUCUAAACAGAAAAGGAAGAUUGGCAACUGCUUACCUUACUUUUCUAGGGAAGAAACACAUUUACUUGAAAUGCCAUUAGAGGAUUCACCAGUGAUUGCUUUGCUGGAAAGUAAACCAGUCUCUAAGCCAGUACCUGUGGCAACUGUGCGCAGUUCAAAGCUUGCGGCAAUGGCAGCUAAUAUGAACAAAACCACUGAUGUAGAGCAUGAACUUGAUUUGGAAACUCCAACAGAUAUGGACGAAGAUAUUCAAGAGAACGAUCCAACUCUAGUGAAGCUCGAAGACAUUUUAAUAGUACCAGAAAUUAUCAAUGAAGAUGUCGAGGGCACCGAGAACGUUGAGUUCAAUGAAAACAGUGGCAACUCUGAAACCAAUGAAAAUGAUGUUAUGUUGAGUCAACUUAACAAAACAGAUGAUAAUACUGAACGGGAUAACAAGAAAAACAAUUCUACAAAUGGUGCUGAGAAACAUUUGGAGCAGGAUAAAGUCAACUGCAAUGGAGCAGGCACAAGCAACUCGAAACAUUUAUCACUGAGUUGCGUCAUUCCUUCGGGCGUAUCUGAUGCUAAUUACAGGUUAGGAUCAAUGGAAGAAGUGGAUAAUCAUCUCGAAACAAUGCAAACAGAAUUGGAUAAUCUCCGUGAAAUUCUACGAGGCGAAGGUUACAGUAUUGACGCAAAUACACUUCUUGGUGUAAGUAUUGACGCAAACACACUUCUUGGCUUACAGAAAACAUUAAUGGAACGGGUGGUGGUGAACUUAUGGCAUAUAAUCCUACUCCAAACUUCUUAGAUUUCGACGAUGACAUUUUUUUGGAAGCCACAUCUCCUGUAACUAGCACAGCAGAUGAUACAGCUACAGUCAAUUUUUAUAAUUCGGAUCCUCUCGAUUUGGAAGAUAACAAAGUUUCACUUCUCAAUUCCUUAACAAACGAUCCUUGGAAGAAAGACAGCUGGAUUUUUAAUUACCCUAUUGGUAAUGUCUUCAUUUUAAUUAGCGAGUAUGAUGCUAUGGUGAAUCCUGUUACAAGUUUAAUAUAUGAAGGGGAUGAUAUAAAAAAUUAAAGAGGUACAUACAGUGAUUCAUGCUUACAAUUGCUUGAAGAAGAAAAUAAACAAGAUAAAGAAUCAAACGAUAUAAAUUGGAAAAAAACAAUUUAUUUAUGUUGAUAAUGAUAGGAACUAAGAGAAUGAAAAUUUAUCCCACAAACUAUUACUGCAAAGGAGAUUGCGUAAAAAGAAGAAAAAGAAACGAAAAUGCGCGUAUUGUGUAUGUAUCAAAGAACUGUAAUUUCCAUUUUCACUGACUUGUAUAUAAUCACACAGGAUUGUUGCAUUGAUAAAAAAAAACAGAAUGUUUUCUAAAAAACCAUCACCUGAAAAGUAACAAUUUUUUUAUAUAAUGUGUGUGUAAUGCACAGUAUUAGAUUAUACAUAAAAUAAUUCUACAUUGAGCGACGCGUAUACUAAGAAAAUAUGCAAAUAUAUGUAUAUAUAAAUUUAUAUAUAUAUAUGUGUGUGUG